AUGUCGUAUCCUCAAGACCGCCGCCGUCGGGCUGGUGCGGGCUUCAGCGCGACCGGCAAUCGUACGUUCAUGGGAUACUGGGUACCUCUGGCAAUCACGGUCGGUGUCGCGACCAUCAGUAUAGCUGCUUGGGUUUGGAGCGAACGAGAAGAGGGCGACGAUGAAGGCGAAUACGGCCGAAACCACCCCGAUAAUUAUCCUCCUCCAGGCCCAGAUGGUGGUCUGCCGCCCGGCGCUGACUUUGCGAGGUCUGCACCAUCCGACGCGCGCCAGGAUGAUAACACCGUCAUGGGCCGCAUGCAAGGCGCACUGCGUCGAACACCCAGCCCGCAGCAACUCUUGGACGGUGCGAGCAGGCGAGUCGCUGCCGGCGUGGCUGCCGCGGGCGCCAUGGUUGGAGGCGCGCUGAGCUCGAUCCGAGAAGAACGAGGCGACUUUGAAGACCACUCGCGGUGGUCGGAAGAGGCCGACUCCAGAGCCAGAGGUACAGCGGAGCCUGGUCCUCGAGGUGUCGCCCCGUCAUCUAAUAGAAAGAAGACGGUGGCGCUUGUUGUUUCGGCCGAUGCCCUAUCUGGUGAAAGUGAUGAUAUUUCAUUAGCUGAGCACGCGUCAAUUCUCUCUCAUCUCCCUUCACACGUCAAUCCGGAUGUUACCCGCGUCUUCGUUCUCAUCUAUGCCCCCGGCUUGAAACAUGCCAUCGGAAUUCCAUCGUCUACACGCCCUACGCCAUCUGUGGAUUCUUCAUAUUCCAACAUUGGUCACGAAGAGGCCGUUGACGCCGGCGCGCCCGCCGGGAAUGACCUGACGGCCCUUGCGCCACAGUCAACGGACGAUCUAGAAACCACAAGCCCACUCUUUAAGACUUUAUACACUCAGGCUCAAACCGUCGUGGAUAAGGAUACCAUGAUCAUGCCAUACAGUACUUCCAAUGGUCAUCUGUACCUGCUGCGUCAUUUGUCGCCAGAUACCGUGUACAUUCAGGAGUCUCUGUCGGGAAAUGAAGGUGACACUGUCAAGCAGCUUUCUAGCUGGGUGAGGCAUGUUGUCGUCGUCGUCGGUGACGAAGGAGGCCGCGGCGGUUUGGUCGAUAGUGAAGACGAAUCCGCGCUCGCAGGAGAGCAGAGAGAGAAGUGGUGGCAGAAGGAGGGUGUUACUGGUAUUGGCAAACACAUUGAUGUUGUCGACAGUUUGAAGAUUGGCGACGAUUGGAGACGUCGCAUCUCGGGACAUGACUAA